ACCAUGAAAUUUUAUUUCAAGCAAGAAAUGUGUUGAAAACACAUGAGAAUCCUUCUCUUUCAUUUCUUGGGGAUGAACAGGUUAUGGGGCCUCCAAAUUCACCAAACAUUGUGGAGGAUUUGGCCCAUGCCACUGGCUCCGAUUUGGAUGCAAAAACGAGACGAAUGCAGGCCAACAGGGUGUAUGCUGCGAGAUAUCGGCUCCGGAAACUAGCCAGGCUUCAACUUCUGAAGAGCCAUGUUGAGUCCCUUGAAGCUCAAGUUUCAAUGAUUAGAUCUCAACUGGUUUACUGGGAAUCUACCUUCGACAAACUAGCUGAAGAGAAUGCAAUGAUGAAAGCACAAUGCGACGCUAUUGGGAAGCUGAUUGCUGAAAAAGAAGGUCUGAAUUGGGCUCUGAUGCAAGAGUUACAGAGUUUGAGAGAGUGCUAUUGAUUUGGGUAAGGAAGCUUGGACGAAGAAAUUACAUUAAAUAAGAUCAAACAGUGCUUAUGAAACAAGUCAUCCUUAGGAUUAGGAUACAAUGUAUAACAACAUUGUACCUAGCUAGCCAGUUAUAUGGCAAUAUAUUUAAAUAAAAUCUUCCUUCGGAAGAUCUUUUUUUAUUGCAUGCCUAUGUCCAACAAGUAAUCCAACUCCAACCUUUUGUGAUACUUAUCAUUAUCGGUGAGAUUAGUUAAUUAAGUAAUUAAUUGAUUGAUUAAUUAAUU